AUGUUAAAUUUCAAGUUUGCCCCUUUAUUGGCAAUAUUUGCUUUCUUCAUUCAAUCAUCAUUAUGCUCAACUAAUACUUCAGAUUUAACUCCUCCAGUAGAAGUUGUCGGUAAUAAAUUUUAUUUCUCCAAUAAUGGAUCACAAUUCUUAAUGAGAGGUAUUGCUUAUCAACAGAAUACUGCUAAUGAUUCAUCUCUUAGUUUUCAAGAUCCUUUGGCUGAUGAAAGUACUUGUCAAAGAGAUGUCAAAUAUUUUCAAGAAUUAAAUACUAAUGUCUUAAGAGUUUAUGCUGUGAAUACAAGUUUAAAUCAUGAUGCUUGUAUGAAUAUCUUUGCCAAUGCUGGUAUUUAUAUUAUUGCUGAUUUAUCAGAACCUGAUCUUUCUAUUAAUAGAGAUUCCCCAGAAUGGAAUUUGAAUUUGUAUCAAAGAUAUACUGAUGUGGUUGAUAUGUUUCAAAAUUAUACCAAUGUGUUAGGUUUUUUUGCUGGUAAUGAAGUUACCAAUAAUGUUACUAAUACUGAUGCUUCUGCAUUUGUAAAAGCAGCCGUUAGAGAUGUUAAAAAGUAUAUUAGUGAUAAAAACUAUAGAACUAUUCCUGUGGGUUAUUCAUCAAAUGAUGAUGAAGAAACAAGAGUUGCUAUUGCUGAUUAUUUCUCAUGUGGAGAAUCUUCUGAAAAGGCAGAUUUCUUUGGUAUAAACAUGUAUGAAUGGUGUGGUAAUGCAACUUUCCAAUCUUCAGGUUAUGAAGCUAGAACUGAAGAAUUCCAAAAUUUAACUAUCCCUAUCUUCUUCUCUGAAUAUGGGUGUAAUGCAGAUCUUCCAAGAAGAUUUACUGAGGUUGCAACCAUUUUCAGUACUGAAAUGACUGAUGUUUGGUCCGGUGGUAUUGUUUAUAUGUAUUUCCAAGAAGAAAAUGAUUAUGGUUUAGUUUCAGUCAAUGGUAAUUCAGUUCUGACCAUGGCUGAUUUCCAAUAUUAUUCUUCUGAAAUUAAUAACAUUUCUCCUUCAUAUGCCAAUCUGGCAAGUGCUUCAGCUGCAGCUACUCAAACUUUAGCUUGUCCAGCUAUAGCUGCAACUUGGGCUGCCUCUGAAAACUUACCUCCAACUCCAGAUGAAAGUUACUGUAAUUGCCUUUCAAGUGGGUUCAAAUGUGUGGUUUCUGAUAAUGUGGAUUCCUCAGAUUAUGGUGAUUUAUUUGGUUCAGUUUGUGCUGAUGUUGAUUGUUCCGAUAUUUCUGCUAAUGGUACUAGUGGACAAUACGGUAAGGUUUCCUUCUGUUCCGAUAAAGAUAAAUUAUCUUAUGUAUUAAAUGCUUAUUACGAACAAGAAAAUGAAAACUCUUCAGCUUGUAACUUUAGUGGUUCUGCUUCUAUCAAUAGUGGUGCCCUGAGUUCAUCUUGUUCCUCAAAUUAUACUCCAAGUGGUGGUAGCUCAUCUAAUUCUAGUGGUGGUAAUUCAAGUAGUAGUAGCAGUAAAUCUACUUCUUCUUCAACUUCAACCAAGAAAUCUUCAGGAUCUUACAGUGCUAGACAAAUUUCUAAAGUUGAAAUUUUAGCAAUUACAACCAUUGUCACUGGAUUCAUGUGUGGUAUCUCUUUUGUCAUUUUUGAUUAA